AUGGUGCAGCGCGCCCUGAGCGUCGCCGCGGAGCUGCGGCGCAGAGGCAUCGGCAAGGGGGACGUGGUGCUGACGGCCUUCGACAACUGCCUCGAGUACACCUACGUCUUCCUCGGUACCAUGUACAUCGGCGCCAUCUUCGCGCCCAUCAACCCCGGACUCGCGCCAGGCGACCUGCAGCACAUGCUGCGCGUGCUGGAGCCGCGGCUGGCGCUGCUGGAUUCGCUGACGAAGCUGGAGCGUCCGCCCGUGCACGUGCUGGUGUCGCCGGGCUUCUGGAGCUCGGGCUUCUUCUCCACGCUCAUCAGCCUGCACGUCAACAUCACGCAGAUCCUGCUGCGCGGCUUCGACGUGGAGACGCUGCUCCGCACCGUGGAGAAGUACAAGGCCAACAUCCUGGCGCUGUCGCCCUUCCAGAUCGUGGCCAUCGCCAAGCACCCCAGCGUCGAGAAGUACGACCUGUCCAGCCUGCUGUUCAUCAGCUACGCUGGCGCGCCGCUCAGCCUCGUCAUGAAGGUGAAGGCGGAGCAGCGCCUGCACAAGCCCCUGGCGCAGUACUACGGCCUCACCGAGUGCCUCUUCACCGUCGUGCCGGGCCCCAAGAACCCGCUCAAGCCGGGCACCGUUGUUGAUGUAGAAACUGGCAAGACCAACGGCCCUAACACAGAAGGCGAGAUCUGCUUCAAAGGGCCAAACGUAUUCAAAGGAUACUACAGGAAUCCCGAAGCGACUGCCACCGUCAUCGAUUCGGAGGGAUGGAUGCAUUCUGGUGACAUAGGCUUCUUCGACGACGACGGCUAUUUCUUUGUGCACGACAGAAUAAAGGAGCUCAUCAAACAAAAGGGAAUCCAGGUGAUUCCAACAGACAUUGAGAGCGUCCUCCUGUCACAUGUAGCUGUCAAAGACACAGCUGUCGUGGGCAUCGAGCACGAUUUAGAGCAGGAGCAAGCGGUGGCCUUCGUUGUGAAGCAGCCUGGUGCCGCUGUGACAGAAGAAGAGCUCAUUAAUCUAGUGAAAGAGCAACUACCUGAGUACAAGUGGCUGAAUGGCGGAGUCCGCUUCACAGACGCCAUCCCGCGCACCGCCUCUGGCAAGGUGAUCCGACGCGAGUUGCGCCAGAGGGCGCGCGACCUUCAAAGCCCGCCCUCCCCCACCCAGGGCUCCGUCCGGAAGAUGUGCCAGGUCUUCGAGAACCUCUCCAACCAGUCCUUAAAGGACAUCAAGCGCUCCAGCCACCGCUCUGUGCUCUAA